UCAUCAUAACAUACAUGCGAUGAAUUUGUAUUACAUAACAACAUAAAGUGGCGCAAUUGUUUAAAUCUCUACUAUAAUUUUUUUUUUUUUGACGCGAAUUAUUUUCUUUUUCUAAAACGCGUGCGACAUUUUAAAUUUCCAACGAGGAGUCGAAUCUUUCCGCUCUUGUUCAAGUGUGUUUAAGUUCAUGCGAGAAAACUCUCUCGCCACACACCAUCACCUCUCUCUUCCGUCCGUAACACACGCUUUCGCAAUAUUGCCGCUGAUGAUGAGGAAGAGAAGAGCGCGGGAAGCAGAGGGAGAUUGGCCGUGUACCACAGUAUGGCGUUCGCAGAAGUGGGCCUAGCGACACCGCGGCAGCACCUAAUCGUCGUCAGUCAAUAUUUGAUAGGCUCGCGGAUCAAAUCGAAGCUUCGAUCUUGCGCUACCAGGCGGCAUAUAACAACGACCGGCGGCCAGAAGCGAAAGAACGACGGCGGCGACGACGACGUCGGCGAACCAGCGGCGGCGACCACCACCUUCUUGGCUAUCCUCGUGGAAGGAAAAACGCACCUGUGUCAAGCGCGCGCCGCGUGCGUGUAUCUCGCUCACAAACUCACUCGCGAAGUAACCAGCGGGCCCGAAGAGUGAGCUUCAAGAUCGCGUCGAAGUCACACACACGUUGUGUUAUCACACGACGAAUUUCCAUUCCGGAAAGAGAAAUUAAACUUCACACAAAAAACAGCCGACGCUUCUCUUCCUCAGUAACCGGUGACUUGACACGAUGGAAGAGAGAACAAUCAAACAGGAGAUCAAGAUAGAAUGGGACAAUCAUCACGCGAGCGAGAAUUCGCCUCAGGUGACCGGUACGGAUGAUCAGACAGCCGGAAGUCCUCAGAGUGUCAUCACAACCAGAAGACACGUGAGAACAAUCACCACCGCCGGUCACAUUACCGAGGGAAUAGCCGAGGUCGAUCCGGAGUCGCCGGAUUCCAACUCCGUAACCGGGAAUCUUCAUCAGGGUCUUCAUCAACAGAGGAACGAGCAACAACACGAACAACAAGCUCCGCAACAAACGCACCAACAGACGCAACAACAUUACGUGCAGAUAUCUCACCCGGGCGCCGAGGAUCAGCAACAAUCGGCGGAUCAGCGAGUCGUUUACGCCACCAGCAACGGGCACGAGGUUCAGCUCGAGGUGACGGAAACCUCCGAGGCCAUCACACUCACGGUCAAGGAACCGCCCAGAUACGAGGCACCCGCGCCGGACAGAACGGAAGUAGACCGGAUGUACGGUUAUCCCGACAGUCACGAAAUCCGCAGGGAGAAUCACGUCAUCACCGUGGCUGGGGAUCGUCGACGAACCAGUCAUCAGAGGUUCAGUCCUCACGAGUCCCAUCAGUCAACGGGAACGAACGCGAAUGCGAGAUAUCAGGGAUCGCCGGUGCUUACCGCCGCCGCGGAGGAAUAUGACGCGUCGACGAUCGUCACCCAAACCGGGUCCCAGGUCCAUCUAGGUUCGCCGGCUCAACCGUAUUCGCCGCCUAUCGAGGGAAUUCGCGCCGCGAAUCAGCAGCAACAGCUCGUGGCGACGAGCUACGCCGACACCGGCAGCGUCGUCAAGUACGACACCGAGGCCGCCGCGGCCGCGGAAACUAUCAAAGCUCCUAAUACGUACGCGAAUCUGGUGACGGUUACAAAUCCGCCCGCGCAGACUAUCGAGUACACGCAAUAUCUGUCGAACAACGAAACUUCGUUCCAACAAGCCCCGACGUACAGUUACCACAAACCGGGAGAGCCUGUCAUCUUCGCUUAUCCAUCGGCGCAGAUCGGAUCGAGAUCCAGCGAGGUGGAGUCACCCGGUAGCACGUACAUGAAGAGCGAUCCCACGUUAACCUCAUCCCUGACCGCCACCCGCGCGGUGCCGCUUUACGAACAACCUGGUUCGCCGAGUUCUCAACACGGAUUGACUCUGUACGGUGCGGGAUCGUACCAAUACGUGAAACCACCCACGUCGGGUGACGUUUACUGGCAAGCCAAUAGCACACCCUCGCCUCCAAUGGAUUACGUUCAGCAAUAUCAGAAUAGCGUAACCGCGAUCUCCGUCACCGACGCCAAUAUGCAACUUUAUACGGGCGGAUACAGCAUUUCGUCGAGCGCGAACGGACCGCCAUCCGCGUGGACCAGCAUCCCGCUUCCCGGUCCCGACGACGCGUUCGAGGGAUCUGUUAUGGCGGAACCGAAAGAGUGUGCCAAUUGCGCAGCGUCGAUGACGCCUUUAUGGAGACGCGACGGAUCUGGUCACUAUCUGUGCAACGCUUGCGGGAUUCACAGCAGAAUCAACGGCCUAACCAGACUGGGACCAAUGAGAUGUCCCAAGCCGAAGCAGUCGGUCACGCCGGUAAACAUUACCGGCGUGCGAAGGACGGGGGUUCAGUGUGCAAAUUGCAGGACCAGCACGACUACGCUCUGGCGUCGGAACAACAACGGCGAGCCGGUUUGUAACGCGUGCGGACUUUACUAUAAAUUGCACAAUGUGAACAGGCCUUUGAGCAUGAAGAAAGAAGGCAUACAAACGCGCAAACGUAAGCCGAAGAAUCACUCGGGCAUCACCGGAAGUCUUCCCGGUCCCAGUAUCCACAAGACCGAGAUCAAGCCCAGCUUACUCGUGGACUCGGUGCAGUCGAAUGUGUACACAAGCGGGGGUGGGGGUAAUGGAGGGGUCGAAGAACAUUGUUUUCCUGUAGGUACACCAACUGGGGCGCAAGUAGAGCACGCACACUCGCCCCUUACAUUACCUACCGCCGCUGUGUUGAAUCACCAAACCACCCUUACCGUGCCACCCAUAGAGCCAAUAACUAGUCAAUCCAGUAGCGACCUCGCCUCGGUUAUCACGUCAACUACGAUUGCUCGUACCGACAGAUCGUAGAAAUUCUGUUUUUAUCGACGGAAGAUGUAGAUGUUUUACCGAAUGUAGCUUAACAAAAAAAAUCGAGAUUGAUCGUUACCUAUAGAAAACUAUAUCGUAAUCGUAAAAAGAGCUAUUAUAUAGCUUGUUCUAAGCUAUAGAUUCUGCGGCGAGGAAAGGGAAGACAGCGUGCACAUAUUAUGUCUGUUCGUUUUACUUGAACUGGCCGCUCUAGGUCAGAGUUUAUCUUCUUUACUCUACGUUGGAAAAAGAAGGAUAAACUCUGACCUAGAGCGGCCAGUUCAGGUAAAACGAACAGACAUAUUGUGUUGCUGCCCGUCUCUAGCACUCAAGAGAUUCAGAUCCUUGGGCUCCAUGUUUGUGGAGCCCGAGGACCUGAAAAUAAUUAAAAUCGGCCAUCUGUGUAGCCUGGCAGCAAAUGCCAGGUUUUAGCAUCUCGGUCGAUAAAGAACUAGCGGGAGUCGCAGAAGAUCUUAUAGAUCUAGGUGACAAAGACCGGCCCAGUAGUCUCUGAGCGGCCUGAGUGCAGGGGCUUCGAACCCGGAGGUCCCGAGUUCUCGAAUCCGCUCACCACCUGGAGGAUGGUAAGGAUUUUUCCCGGGUCGGGGUCCCCUUCAACCGAAUUCAUCAGUUGAUCGGCGAAAUAAAUCGGGCCUCCUAUAAUUAAUCGGUCUGGAGGUUCGCAGCCCAGGCCCUCGGGUCUGUGAGUAGAGGUCCCGAGUUCGAAUCCUUAUCUUCGGAUUCUGGCCGGUCCUUCCAGUUUCGGGCACAGCUUCCCAGGGCAGAAAAAUGAAUUCCUAGGGAGAUCGGUAUACCUAC